ACUCUCACUUCCAAUCACUCCUCUGCGGCGGCGAUUUUAUCUCUUCCCCACCGUUAAACCACCGUAAAACAUGUCUGUGAGUCAGACGUUUUUCCUUCAAGGUUCCAUUUCAACUCUCCUUUCUUCGUCAGUCACUAUUAAUGGGAACUGUCGCAAUGUUUCCGUUAAAUUUACCGUCUCAUGUUGCUCCCCGACGGCGUCUCCGUUGACCGCUGUUAACGGAAAUGUGGAGAAAAUAGCUUCAGAUAGAAAUGAAGUUCGCCUAGGCUUGCCUAGUAAAGGCCGAAUGGCUUCUGAUACUCUCGAUCUUCUCAAGGAUUGCCAGCUAUCAGUUAGGCAGGUGAAUCCUCGGCAAUACGUUGCAGAAAUUCCACAGAUAUCCAAUCUGGAAGUUUGGUUUCAACGGCCAAAAGACAUUGUGCGGAAGUUGGUAUCAGGAGAUUUAGACCUUGGCAUAGUUGGUCUCGACACAGUUUAUGAAUAUGGGCAGGGGGAUGAAGAUCUCAUCAUUGUCCAUGAUGCCCUUGAUUAUGGUGAUUGUCGUUUAUCUCUGGCUAUACCAAAAUACGGGAUUUUUGAGAAUGUGAACUCAAUGAAGGAGUUAGCAGAGAUGCCACAGUGGACGCCUGAGAGGCCACUGAGAGUUGCAACAGGAUUCACAUAUAUGGGUCCUAAAUUUAUGAAAGAAAAUGGGUUGAAGCAUGUCACUUUUUCAACCGCUGAUGGAGCCCUGGAAGCAGCUCCUGCGAUGGGAAUAGCUGAUGCUAUUGUGGAUCUAGUGAGUAGUGGAACCACACUGAGAGAAAACAAUCUGAAGGAAAUAGAAGGUGGAGUCAUCGUGCAAAGUCAGGCGGUCCUUGUCGCUGGCAGAAAGUCCCUAAUGCAGCGAAAAGGUGCACUUGAUAUAACACAUGAAAUGCUAGAAAGACUGGAGGCACAUCUGAGAGCUGUUGGCCAAUUUACGGUAACUGCUAAUAUGCGAGGAAGCAGCGGAGAGGAAAUCGCUGAACGAAUACUGAGCCAAACGUCACUAUCUGGAUUGCAGGGACCCACUGUAAGUCCAGUCUUUUGCAAGCGGGAUGGACGGGUUACAGCUGAUUACUUUGCCAUUGUCAUAUGUGUACCAAAGAAAGCACUUUACAAGUCUGUUCAGCAGCUUAGGGCGAUUGGAGGGAGUGGUGUCCUGAUUUCUCCGCUGACCUAUAUCUUUGAUGAAGAAACACCAAGAUGGCGUCAACUCCUGUCAACUUUGGGGCUUUGAUCUACCUAGCGAUGCCUCGGAUGGUUUCCUCAACUACAGUGCCUUUUUUUGGAGAAGCAAGCAUGAAUGAACUGGGACUCCACAUGAGACUUGUAGGGGAAAUCGGCAUUGUUAAUAAACUGUCAAAAUUUUGUAUUGCAUUGACAUUUACGCUUCCUAUUAAUAUCAGCUCUUGUUGUAACAAUAGUUUGUCUUUCAUUUUGGUGCCAAUGGCAAUUCUAAGAUUGCAUAAACGUGAUAUUUGCCAUGCUGAACAGUAAAGUGCCCUUGUUAUCCUACUAUAAAUCUGCGAGCUCACAUCUGACUCA